CAGACGUCUGUCAGUUCACCAAGAUCUCUGGGGAGGAGGCAGAAGAAAGACCAACAGACACGGCUUCAUUCACCAAGUUCAUAAAUCUGAUCCAUCAACGUCCGUCUCCUCGUCAAAAUGGUCAGCGGUGGAGUCCUGAUGAAGUGUGCGCUGGUCGCCGUCGUCCUGGUGGCCGUGGUGGAGUCUGGCCCGACGGCCCAGAAGCUGGCGUCCUGCUGCACGGAGGUCAACAAGCUGGAGAUCACCGAGCCCAUCUUAGAUUACAUGAUCCAGAAGUCCAACCCGCCGUGCGUCAAGGCUGUCAUCUUCCAGACGGAGUCGGGUCUGUACUGCAGUUAUCACAGGGCCCUCUGGGUCGGCAGGAAGAUCAAAGAGCUCAGGAAAGCGCAGUCGACAUUUUGGCCCAAGGUCUCCCUCCUCUCCAUCAUCACAUCCACCACCUCCCCUCCUCCUCCCUCCACCUCCUCCCCUCCUCCUCCCUCCACCACCUCCCCUCCUUCCUCCACCUCCUCCCCUCCUCCUCCCUCCACCUCCUCCCCUCCUCCUCCCUCCACCUCCUCCCCUCCUCCUCCCUCCACCCCCUCCCCUCCUCCGUCCUCUGCUCUUCCCUCCGCCAACGAGUAGAACCGAUAGAAGGAGAAGGAUCCAGACUUUGUGUGGAAGUUAAAGAGCGAUACUAAAGUAAAUGUUCUUAUUUAACAAAAAGCAAUUGAUGAACACGAUUUAUGUCGAACCAUAUUUAUUUAGAAUGUUUAGUUUCUUUCAAAUGGAUUUUGAGAGUGAAAAUAUUUAUUGAUCUAAUUUAAUUGACCAGUGCUGAUUGAAGUUAUCAUGUAUUUAUUUACUCUCAGUUAUUGUCACGACUUUAUGAACAGUGGCACGUGUCCACUCAUUAAUUUAUGAAAUUGUUCUGCUUGGACUUAUUUAUUGAUUUUAAAAGUUUGUGAUUGUGCCGACGUGAAAAAAAUAAACUAAACAUUGGUCAGAAAUGUGA